UCCCCCAUACAGGUAACACCAGUGGUACCGCCCCCGACCGGGCCGUACUCCCCCAUACAGGUAACACCAGUGGUACCGCCCCCGACCGGGCCGUACUCCCCCAUACAGGUAACACCAGUGGUACCGCCCCCCACCGGGCCGUACUCCCCCAUACAGGUAAUACCAGUGGUACCGCCCCCCGACCGGGCCGUACUCCCCCAUACAGGUAACACCAGUGGUACCGCCCCCGACCGGGCCCGUACUCCCCCAUACAGGUAACCCAGUGGUACCGACCGGGCCGUACUCCCCCAUACAGGUAACACCAGUGGUACCGCCCCCGACCGGGCCGUACUCCCCC